UGCCGCGCGGAGAGUGAUGAGGUAGAGCGGAGCGGAGCGGAGAGACGCAGAGAGGCGAGGCGAGGCGAGGCAGCAGAGCGCUGCGCAGACCCUGCACUUCCUUCGCUCUCACCGCCUCAUGCCACGGUCCCUCUGAGAACCUGUGCAGGCUGCUGAGUGGAGAAGUGGAGAAGUCUCAGUAUGGAACUGUUUUGCCAAGAAAAAGAAACGACCAUCAGAGCGACGCGAGACCCCAGCAUUCUCUGCGAUGACAGAGUGCUACAGAGCCUGCUGACAGUAGAAGAUAAGUUUCUACCCCAGGGCCUUUAUUUUACACGGGUGCAGAAGGACAUUCAGCCGUACAUGAGGCGGAUGGUUGCAACUUGGAUGUUGGAGGUUUGCGAGGAAGAGAAGUGUGAUGAAGACGUUUUCCCUUUGGCUAUCAACUACCUGGACAGGUUUCUUGCGGCAGUGCCAACGAAGAAGUGCUUUUUGCAGCUCUUGGGGGCCGUGUGCCUCUUCCUGGCAUCCAAGUUGAAGUCCUGUCAGCCAUUAUCUGCAAAGAAACUCUGUCUUUACACAGACAACUCCAUCACAUCUCAAGAGUUGCUGGAAUGGGAGCUGUUGGUUUUGGGGAAAUUGAAGUGGAACAUGGCAGCUGUUACCCCUCAUGACUUCAUUGAGCAUAUACUUCGCAAGCUAUCUUUACCUGAGGACAGAUUGGCGCUGAUCCGUAAACAUGCUCAAACUUUCAUCGCCCUUUGUGCUACAGAUCACAGCUUCGCAAUGUUUCCUCCCUCCAUGAUAGCCACAGGGAGUGUUGGUGCAGCAGCCUGCGGACUCCAGUUGGACCGGAUGCAGAGCAGUGUCUGGGGGACCAGUCUGACCGAACUGCUGGCCAAAAUCACCCACAUUGAAGUGGACUGUCUGAAGUCGUGUCAAGAGAAGAUUGAGCAGUUGCUGGCCAGCAGCCUCAGAGAGAGUCAGCAGCAUAAACACGUGGAGGGCGGAGUCACCAGCAAGGAGGCAGAGUCUCAGAGCCAGUCCUGCACACCCACAGAUGUGCGUGACAUCAACUUAUGAUGUCACUUCCACCCUGUACCUGCCAGAAUUCCUCAAUCUGUAAAUGCAAGCUGAAAUAUAUUUUAAUCAUCUUAUCUUAUUUAAUUCAAUUAAAAAACUACAGUGUAUUAUAGUCUGUGAAAAGGCAUAGAUGUCAAGUAUCGAAUAACAGUGUAGAACUACAAGAACUGAAAGAUAUUUCAGGCAUCGCAUUUUUUUUUUUUACAAACAAAGGAGAAAUAAAUGAUGCCUUUGGCUUGCAUACGGUAUACUUGAAAUUUAAAUAAAAUUGCCACCAGGAGAAGAAUAUAAAUUUAUAUAUAUAUAUAAUACAUGAGUAUUUAUAGACAACACAGAAUAUUGUCCUGGUAUAAAGGUUCUUUAUUAUUAAUAUUAUUAUUAUUAUUAUUGUUAUUAUUACAUAAUCCAUUUAUGUUAUGUGAAGUAUCACACUUACUGGGGUUACAGUGAUUUAUUUGUGACUAUUUACAAAGCUUUCUGAAAAAAUGCACGCUGUUCAUGCUGGCUGCAGUUGAGUAAACAGUAAAGCUGUAAAUCUGCUUGAAUUCAUGCUGUCACUCAGAUUAGUCAUUAGACUAAACCCAGUGGCAGUGAUUCUCUGAGAUGUUCUAUGAAAACAGGACAGCGUAGAGAGGUAUGUGCUUCUGUAAUGGUGAACAAGAACAGGCUGUGAGAUAACAACUAGUUAGCUGUUCUUUGCUUGACAAGCGCUAGUUCUGCCUUAUUGCAGAAAUCCUUAAGGCUCAACUUUGCUGUUACUAGGCUGAUUUCUGUCAGCAUUUAAGUGGAAUUGAGAAUUAUUUACUUGAACGGUUCUCUAGAUGUAAGAGGACAGGGACAGAGAAUUGGAGUUUGGAUCAGGAUUGAGCUUCUGUAGGACUCUUGUAAGUAGAGAGAGCUUUGGUAACGUAGAGCAGGAGGAGAGGAAGUGGAUGAAUGAAAAAGAGAUGAAAAAGGCAGGUCUAUGAAUGUGAGAUCAGGAUGGAAUAAGAAACAGUGGUGUAGAAGGUGGGUUUUCAAUAAUCAAUCGUUAGUGCUGUUGUUGUGUAACUAACCUAUAGCAGUGUUCACGUUUAAAAGGAGCCACCAUGGGGUAAGGGCUUAAGUUAAUUAUCAGCUGAUUAUUGAUUUAAUGAUCUGGCUUAGAGCAGGGACAGUAAACAGGAGUGCUGCCACCCUUCAGGAUUGGAGUGUGAGAGCCCUCUGAGAUUCAGUGUGUGCUGGACUAAUGAACCUUACCUUAUAUUAGUGUAAAGGGGAAUUCCACAGAUUUGUCAAAAUUGCUGCAUUAAUACAAUGUUUGAGAUGUAAUUCCGAGUGGAUGGUGCGAAAUAGUUCAUUGUAGAGAGACUCACCAACUCAGAUUUCUUUACAGCGGUGGUGAUAGGAACCAGGGUUUGUGAUGUCUAAUGCAAAUAUAGCCA